UAAACUCACAGAAAAAUCUGUCUACUCCAGGUACGGUGACGUAUACCAUAAGUCGGCGAGGCAGGCGUCAAAUCUGCUACCUCGGGUUCACUUUCGAGAUGGAGAAGGAGCGGAUAGGGUCCACCAGCUGGCGUUGCUGUCAGGCCAAACCGCUAAAAUGCAAGGCACGAAUUAUCGAGCGAGUUAAUAAGUUCGGUGAACCGACGUAUGAGAUUGUCCGAUCCGUGCACAAUCACGACAUCAUUACCGAACGGAGGCCCCGGGGCACGUUGAAAGGGUGGAAUAAGCUGCUAAUUUAUAAGAGUGAUCAAUAAAUCGAUUCUGAGCGGAAAUAUUGCGUGUUUCUAAUAUCAUUCUAGUAGCUUAGGGUUUGUACGGUCUAGUAAUGGUGUCUACUUCAUCAACAGGUGGCGCUCACGAGGUACAGUACAUCGUUAGCGCUCGAGGAGGCUUGCAACUGUGUGUCGAUGGCUACCGCUACACCCGGGAUCGAAUCAAGGACAACGGAAUCACCUAUCGCUGCGUGCACUACAAACCACUGGGAUGCAAAGCACGUGCCAAAACGGACAAAGAUAAAUCCAAACUGCGAGUGAUCGAUGCCGAGCACAAUCAUCCGAGGAAUAUGGAUCGCCGAAAAAGUGGAGCCCUGCGAAAACUUCUGGAAGAGCGCAAACGUGAACAUCAGGAAACCGUCGUGACUCGAACGUCCACCCGUCAAACGCAAAAAAAUGAUUAAAUAUAUACAUUCG